GGUAUCACCACUUCAAAAAUCUGAAGUUGUAGAAAUGGUUAAAAAACAAGUCAAGGUAGUAACUCUAGCAAUUGGUGAUGGAGCGAAUGAUGUUAGUAUGAUACAAACAGCACAUGUUGGUGUUGGUAUUAGUGGGAAUGAGGGUCUUCAGGCUGCUAAUUCUUCAGACUACUCAAUUGCUCAGUUUAAGUAUUUGAAGAACUUGUUGUUGGUUCAUGGAGCCUGGAAUUAUAACAGAGUAGCUAAAUGCAUCUUGUAUUGUUUCUACAAGAAUAUAGUCCUGUAUAUUAUCGAGAUCUGGUUUGCGUUUGUCAAUGGCUUUUCUGGACAAAUUCUUUUUGAAAGAUGGUGUAUAGGUCUUUACAAUGUGAUGUUUACAGCCAUGCCCCCACUAACCCUUGGAAUAUUUGAGAGAUCGUGCCGAAAAGAAAACAUGCUGAAAUACCCCGAGUUGUACAAGACUUCCCAAAAUGCGCUGAACUUCAAUACUAAGGUUUUCUGGGUUCAUUGUUUAAAUGGCCUCUUCCACUCAUUCAUUCUGUUUUGGUUUCCCCUAAAAGCCCUCCAGCAUGGUACUGUAUUUGGCAAUGGUAAAACUUCAGAUUAUCUGCUCCUGGGGAACACUGUAUACACUUUUGUGGUUCUAACUGUGUGUUUGAAGGCUGGAUUAGAGACCUCAUAUUGGACUUUGUUCAGCCAUAUAGCAAUCUGGGGCAGCAUAGCACUUUGGGUAGUGUUUUUCGGAAUCUACUCUUCUUUGUGGCCGGUCAUUCCUAUGGCACCUGAUAUGUCAGGAGAGGCAGCUAUGAUGUUCAGCUCGGGAGUGUUUUGGAUGGGACUUCUGUGUAUUCCUAUGACAGCUUUACUUUUUGAUGUAGUAUACAAAGUUGUAAAGAGAGCUACUUUGAAGACACUGGUAGAUGAAGUUCAGGAGCUGGAAGCGAAGUCUGAGGAUCCUGGAGCAGUUGUGCAUGGCAAGAGCUUAACUGAAAGAGCCCAACUACUGAAGAAUGUUUUCAAGAAGAACCAUGUGAACUUGUAUCGCUCUGACUCCCUACAGCAAAACUUGCUUCAUGGCUACGCCUUCUCUCAAGAUGAAAAUGGAAUCGUUUCCCAGUCUGAAGUAAUACGAGCUUACGAUACCACAAAACAAAGGCCUGAGGAAUGGUGAAGGAACACAGCUCAAUAUUUAGGCCUUAGCAGUUACUUUUGUGAGAGACUACUAGAUCUUUUCUGGGAGCUGCGACCAUGGCCCAGUUAUCAGAGAUUUAAAGAUCUAUGAUGGUCUUGUUCCAUAAAGUCUGGAUUUGUGUAUUCAGUAGACAUAAGCACUGUGCAACUAUACUGUAACACACCAUCUCUAAAUUUUUUAACGAGUAUUUGCUUAGCCUUUGUAAACAGAUUGGAAUUUACCUUGUAUCUUGCCAGCUUGCUUAUUUUACAAUGAAGUUGAAUCAGUAUUGGUCAUGUACUCGGGAGGCAAUGGUCAGAGUGCUAAACAUACUUUACAUUGACAGACCAUUACCAUCUGUGAAGGUUUUUAGGUGUUAAUAUUGAACUACAGUUGAUAACAAGCCUUUGAUUUCAACAAGUGCUGAAAAAAAAUAGUAUCUUAAUGGUGUCAAUUCACCUUAUUUGAGAAAGAUUUUGGCUCAAGAUGUUUAUAG